AUGGGUCGCUCAUCUCGUGCCACCCGUCCUUCCCCGUUGGAACUGGACCCUUCCUUCGGUAUCUCUGAAUACACUCGCGACUCGCUGGAAUCGCCGCUUUUCUCUCCAUCAAAGAGAGUCGGAACAAGCUCCAGCGCCGCCACAAGCCCUCAAUCCAUCUCCUCCCCCUCGCGCAGGACCUCCUUCGGCUUCAUCAAGUCCUCGCCCACCGUCAACGUCCACACCACCUGUGGCCGCCACACCGACCAGCUGCUCUUCAGCGGCCCCUCCUUGUCGGGUCUCGCCCGUACUUUUCUGUGGAAGAAGAAGAGACGGACCUCGAGCAACUGA